ACGAGGGAAUGUCUUGGUUUUAAUCCACAGCACACUGAUCCACAGGACACUGGCUAAUCGCCAUGGAUUAGAAGAGCCCAGUUCUCUGCAAGGCUGGCCAACAUGAGAGACUGAUUCUCAGCAGUUGGAUUUGCAUCUCCCUGCUCCCAAAGCCUGCUGAAGCCCACGCCAGGUCCAACUGAAGCCAGAGGAAGAAAGUGUACAGCCUGAUCAGGAAUGUUUACCCUUACGGAAGUUGCAUCGCUUAAUGACAUACAGCCAACCUAUCGCAUCCUGAAACCAUGGUGGGAUGUAUUUAUGGAUUAUCUAGCUGUCGUUAUGCUAAUGGUUGCCAUCUUUGCUGGAACGAUGCAGCUGACCAAAGACCAGGUGGUCUGCUUGCCAGUGUUGCAGUCUGUUGUAAGUUCAAAAGCACAACCCGGCACAUCAGGGAAUGCUGACUUCAUACCAACAACCACUGAAGCAACCACUGCCCAAGCUGAAGAAAUGUCAAUGCGAACAGAAUCCUCUGAAGGUGCACCUACCAUAAUACCACACAUACCUCUGAGCAGAGUCACCUCUUCUCAGUUGAGACCUACUGUAUCAAAUCAGGAGCAAAAAGAUUCAUUAGGGCGAAAAACCAAUUUGGAUUUUCAACAAUAUGUAUUUAUUAAUCAGAUGUGUUAUCAUUUGGCCCUUCCUUGGUAUUCAAAGUACUUUCCCUAUCUUGCGCUCAUACAUACUAUUAUUUUAAUAGUCAGUAGCAACUUCUGGUUUAAAUAUCCGAAGACAUGCUCAAAAAUUGAACAUUUUGUGUCCAUAUUGGGAAAGUGCUUUGAGUCCCCUUGGACUACAAAAGCAUUAUCUGAAACAGCGUGUGAGGACUCUGAGGAGAACAAACAGAGACUCACAGGUGCCCAGUCCUUGCCAAAGCACGUUUCCACUAGCAGUGAUGAAGGAAGUCCCAGUGCCAGUACUCCCAUGAUAACCAAGUCUGGCUUCAAGUUUUCAGCUGAAAAGCCAGUCAUUGAGGUCCCCAGCAUGACUAUUUUGGAUAAAAAAGAUGGAGAGCAAGCCAAAGCCCUGUUUGAGAAAGUUAGAAAAUUUCGGGCUCAUGUGGAGGACAGUGACUUGAUUUAUAAACUGUAUGUUGUCCAGACGGUCAUCAAGACAGUCAAGUUUAUAUUUAUUCUUUGCUACACUGCUAACUUUGUAAAUGCAAUUAGUUUUGAACACAGAUGCAAGCCAAAAGUAGAGCAUCUGAUUGGGUAUAAGGAGUUUGAGUGUACACACAAUAUGGCUUACAUGUUGAAGAAGCUCCUUAUCAGCUAUAUUUCUCUUAUUUGUGUCUACGGUUUUAUCUGUUUGUAUACACUCUUCUGGCUGUUUAGAAUACCCUUAAAAGAGUAUUCCUUUGAGAAGGUCAGAGAAGAGAGCAGCUUCAGUGAUAUUCCUGAUGUGAAAAAUGAUUUUGCAUUUCUUUUGCAUAUGGUAGAUCAGUAUGACCAGUUAUAUUCUAAGCGAUUUGGUGUCUUUUUAUCAGAGGUAAGUGAAAACAAGCUGCGAGAAAUUAGUUUAAAUCAUGAAUGGACAUUUGAAAAACUUAGACAGCAUGUUUCUCGCAAUGCACAAGAUAAGCAAGAGCUGCAUCUCUUCAUGCUCUCAGGGGUCCCUGAUGCAGUGUUUGAUCUGACAGAUCUGGAUGUGCUGAAACUGGAGCUGAUUCCUGAAGCAAAAAUUCCAGCUAAAAUCUCACAAAUGACAAAUCUUCAGGAGCUCCAUCUCUGCCACUGUCCUGCAAAGGUUGAGCAGACUGCUUUCAGCUUCCUCCGUGACCACUUGAGAUGCCUUCAUGUGAAAUUCACAGACGUUGCAGAAAUUCCUGCUUGGGUGUAUCUGCUUAAAAAUCUCCGUGAAUUGUACUUGAUAGGCAACUUGAACUCUGAAAACAAUAAAAUGAUAGGACUUGAAUCUCUCAGAGAGUUAAGACACCUUAAAAUUCUCCAUGUGAAGAGUAAUUUGACCAAAAUCCCUUCCAAUAUCACAGAUGUGGCACCUCAUCUAACAAAGCUUGUAAUUCAUAAUGAUGGCACCAAGCUUGUGGUACUGAAUAGCCUUAAGAAAAUGAUGAACGUAGCUGAAUUGGAACUACAGAACUGUGAACUGGAGAGAAUUCCACAUGCCAUUUUUAGUCUAACUAACUUACAGGAACUGGAUUUAAAAUCAAAUAGUAUACGCACAAUUGAAGAGAUCAUCAGCUUCCAGCACUUGAAAAGACUGACCUGUUUAAAGUUGUGGCACAAUAAAAUAGUCAACAUUCCUCCCUCCAUUUCCUGUGUAAAGAACUUGGAGUCACUUUAUUUCUCCAAUAACAAACUCGAAUCUUUACCAGCUGCGGUGUUCAAUUUACAGAAACUCAGAUGUUUAGAUGUAAGCUACAACUCAAUUACAGUGAUUCCAGUGGAAAUUUGGUCACUUCAAAAUUUGCAGCAUUUUCAUAUAACAGGAAACAAAGUGGAGAGUUUGCCAAAGUCAUUGUUUAAAUGUGUAAAAUUGAGGACUUUGAGUCUGGGGCAAAACUGUAUUACCUCAAUCCCAGAUAAAAUUGGCCAGCUGUUGCAGCUAACUCAUCUGGAACUGAAGGGAAACUGCUUAGAUCGUCUACCAGUUACACUGGGGCAGUGUCGGCUUCUCAGGAAAAGCGGGCUUGUGGUGGAAGAUCACCUCUUUGAUAUUUUGCCUUCGGAAGUCAAAGAACUGUUGAAUCAAGACACGAGCAUUACUUUUGCUAAUGGGAUUUAGAUUGACGUGCACUGACUGACUUCUAAGCAGCAAAUUCUACAGUAUGAGUUAUUGCAAUGAUUGUGCAUCUUAGAAAUACAGGAGUUCUUUGUGAGGAAGAACUACUACAAGGAUAAGAGAUGUAACUGAGUAUUCUGUGUUUUGUAGUGUUUUAAAAGAUCAUUUCAAAAUUUUUGAAGGGCAGGAGAACCUUCAUAAUCUCAAUUCUUUUCUUUUGAAUUGUUUGUAACUUGGAUGCUGCCGCUUUUGAAUGUUUACAGAUUGCUUGCUUGCUUAAAGUAAAUGAUUAAAUUGGUGACUUUUCUUACUAUACAA